AUGGGACUCACCCUGCCAGAACCCAGAAGCACGCUUGCAACCCCGACACCGGUAACGACAACAGCCUCAUCCACCAAACUGCCGAGGAGAUCCAUUGCCUUCGUUCUGGCCGCCGCGUGCGUCUCGUUCGUGGCGGUGCCUGGUCUUCUCGUGGUGCUCGCUCUGGUGAUCAUAGACCUGCGGUGCAGCAGCGACCAGUGCCUGAACUUCGCCGCCCAGCUGUACCACAGUCUAAACCUGUCCGCGGAUCCCUGCGACAGCUUCUACGACUUUGUCUGCGGCGGUUGGAACAGCAGCGACGCCUCCGGGGCAACACUUCACCAGAGGUGGCAGCAAAAGUUCACGAAUGACGUCGUCGAGAUCAACAGGAAGGCCCACGUUCCGACCAAGGGCCAAAGCGCACAGCAAAAAGCUGCCAUGUUCUUUCAGUCAUGCGAAAAAUUGGCUGCCUUCAACUAUAGCGAAGCGCGCGGACUUCAGCUGGCGCUUGCCGAGGCGGGCCUCUUCCUGCCAACUUGGAAGCAGGAAUCGGAGUUCGUCAACGCCACGCUUUUUCUGAACGCUCGGAUGCAGUUUGAGACGGCGGUUCGAGUUUCCCUCUCGAAAGAGCAACGUGUUGCCGACGGUUCUGACGGCGGAUUCGUCCUUACCAUGCGCCCCAGUCGCGCGUUUCUAGACUACGCUUCGCGCAGGAGAAGCGAGACGCGUGCGAGGUUCGUCGAGCAGUACCGCACCCUGCGCAAGUACCUGGAGAACGACGAGGCACACGCGAUGUCCGCUGAUAAGCUGUAUUUCUUGCAGAAGAAAGUACGCAGAUUUCUGGUCAUGUCCCUGAGGCAAAGAGACGGAGGCGUGGAAAGCAACCGCUCCCGGAUACUGCCGUUUGUGCCCGAGUCGAUGUGGACUGUCUUUCUUCUCUCCUGCUAUGGCAUCACGAGCCGUAACAUAACAUACCGAUUAAGAAGUCCCAGUUUCCUCAGGGCCUACUUCGCUCUUCCUUAUCAGCUGGGAGCCGCAGUCUCGCAGCAGUACAUAAGAUGGUUUGUAAUGUCAACGUACAUGCGAGUCUUCCACGGGCCUUCCUUCAUCCGCCAUUACGCAGACGAAGCCCAGGCCACGGAGGAAAGAUCGCGCUUUUGUUUUCGCGUUGUUCGCAGUAGCAUGGGUGCGGCGUUCACUUCCCAGCACGUCCUGCAGUCAUUCACCGGGGAAGUUGUCGACAGCAUAAAUGACUUGUUGAGACGAGUGUACGCGGGCUUCCUGACAGUGUUCGCUCAAGACCCCUGGUUCAAGCCAACGUUCCACGUGUCGGACUACCGAAACGACUCCGGCCUUGUGCUAGACAUGCUGGAAGCCUCUAAGCCGGCGAGACUCGAGCAAACGUACGCUGAAUACAGCGACAUGUCGCACAGCUUCAUUGAGAACUGGAGACGCGUUGCCGAGGCGAUAGUUCGUCGCCUUGGAUAUGACGACUCUGUGACCGAACGCGAUGGCGAAAUUUGCAUUCACAGUGCGUGUUCUUUUUAAAUUUUGGGGGGAGGGGGGGAUUUUACGUAUAACGCUCCGCACAGAGCCUUUUGCCUAGCGAAAUAGGCCGAGGUCGAAGAUACCUUGAGAAAUGAUAUGGCAUACAAAACCGCCUACUCCGGACCUUCCGCUUUCUUUCAGCCCUUCUCGCGCACCAGCUAAUGCUUAUUCAGCGAUUUCAAGUGUAGCAGACCGCCGUUCGGUUGUUUUAGCUUUGGGAUUGGCUGCCCGGCUCACGUAGAGUGGACGUGAAAAGGGGAUAGGUUAAGGCGUGCACAGUGUGACAGGUGAAAGGUCAGUGGAAGCCACGUUGUCUCACGCUUACCACAGGCCAUGCAUUUCGAGUCCCGUACUUACUACGUGCGAUAAGAAACAUACCAAAGUUGCAUUGCAACCCACCAGCGCACAAUCACGCCGAGGACAAGAAGGAAGAACACACCACAGCUCUGAGUUCUCAAUAUUUUGAUACCAAAGUAGACUCGGACGAAGUUAUGCACAGACCAGACUUUCCUCACCUGCAUCUGUUUCAGCGGGCGAGGAGGCACUUUGUAACAGCGGGCAAUGUACAGCCGUAAUGCGAAGGUUGCACAACGUGUGGAAGGCACAGGAAACCAGACGUAAGGCAUGUAUAAAGCAUGGCGUUAGCCGUAGACGUAACUGUCAGUUGUUUAGAACAAUUCAAAGCUAUAAGACCUCGAAGCACCAGUCGAAGAACAUUUGUGAGUAAGCCAUUAAAAGAACGGUAUAAACUGCUCUUUCUGACAACGUCACCAAAUCAGAGGUUCUUGACAGGAAACAAUGCUGAAACGUAAUUUCAUUUAUACGCACAACUAGGAACAAUAGCCGCGUCUUAGACUCGGGCAUCAGUUGAAUCCAAAGGUGCUAGCUGUGCUUCCAGUUUCGUAUGUGUACUUCCAACGUGACCAAACAUCGGCGAACGCAAUAAUGUCUGACAGCAAGCCAGUUUAUACGUACAUGUAUGUAUGUCCCAGUGGAUCCGAGACAAAGUAUGAGCUUGCGCACUUGUAAGUGUUCAGUCAUUCAAAUACAAAUGUAACUUGUCGGCAGGCUGGUCUUGUUUUGAGAGUUGUAAUGGGCCUGCCUAUCAACGAAUCCAACUUUGCAGCCAAGCAACGUGCACGUGUCCCAUGCAUUCAGGUUACCGUUCGUGGGCGCUCAUGAGAUUUCUGUCCGUGUACUUCCUCCGUUUCAGACGAACCCAUUGCACCCAGACAUGAGUUGGCGUACUAUAAGACGCGCCCGCAGAGUGAAGAUUUUGAGUUGCUCCCCGAAGCGUCUGCGCUGCCCUUCAUGAGCAAAGCUGCGCCGCUGGAACUUCGCCUGGCCAUCGUCGGUUCUGUGGCUGCGGACGCCCUGACCACGUUGCUCUUCUAUGGUUACGACGAAUGGGACCACGAGGCGCGCGCCGAGUUCGCCCUACAAGUCCGCUGCCACCUGGGCCGUCGGAUCGCACUGCCCGAACUGCGGCCCACGCAGCUGCGUGACAUGCGACGAUUCAUGUCACUCCGGGCUCUGAUUGCGGCGCUGCACAAUCCUGACGCCUUCACUUUUCCUUUCGGUGUGCAGAGGCUUCCGUGGGGUUUGCAAGGCACGCGCCUGCUGUUCGCUGCCUGGUGUCUCCAGGCCUGUGGCCGGCCGGACGGCAGGAACAUGUGCGAGCGGCCGCUCUCCGAAACGAUCUACUUCCGCGGGGUCUUUCUCUGCUGUCCGCAGGCCGCCAUGUUGAAAGAAGACGCCUGCGCCAUUAUGUUCAACUGAAUGUUGCUAUUCUUCGGUUGCUCGUUGUGUUGCACAGCUGUGUUGGCCCUGCAGAGUGGCAGUGUAUCAUCUGCACUUAAGAUAUUUCGCACGAGUGACUCAGUCCGGAUUCACUGUAACCAAGCGAUAUGUAAAAGCGCCGGAAAUGGUCGUCGCGCCGGCCGCAUCCCGUAAAAGCUCGAACUUAUGCAUCUUCGUAAUUAAGUAAUUAAAACAAGAAAUGUGAUCCCUCGCUCUUCCAACCUUUUGUUCUUUUGAGGCUUUCCCAUCGGUGCUGAUUAUUCGAAAAAUAUUCAGUACUUCGAAUACGCUAUUCGAUUCUAGCAUCGGUGCUGAUUAUUCGAAAAAUAUUCAGUAGUUCGAAUACGCUAUUCGAUUCGAGCACCGAAAGUAUCAGCACCAUCGGUGCUGAUUAUUCGAAAAAUAUUCAGUAGUUCGAAUACGCUAUUCGAUUCGAGCACCAAAAGUAUCGGAAGCUUCGCAGUUGUUUCAGAUUGUUGCGUUAAGAUUACGCGCGAAUCCCAGCCGCGGCGGCCACAUUUCGAUGGAGGCGAAAUGCUCGAGCUCGUGUACUUAGAUUUAGGAGUACGUUAAAGAACCCCAGGUGGUGGAAAUUUCUGGAGCCCUCCAGUACGGCGUCCAUCAUAAUCAUGUCGUGGUUUUGGGAUGUAAAACUGCAACAAUUAUUAUUAAAAUUAUGCGCAGGACGCGAGCACUGUAGUUCAUUCGGGAGCUUACGCGAGCACCAUCGGUAACGCUGGAAGGUUCGAUCGCAGAUGUGACCAUGCGUUCCAUCUGUGAUCAGAAUACCGAAGGCCAACGACAUUUAUUGCCGCUAUCAGUGUACAGAGUGCUUUGCUUGUAUUAUGAGUUGCUUAGUUUUCUGGGCACAAGUUUGCUCAGUGAGCAGUUUAGUCUCUACCAGAGUGACUGCCGCCUUCUUUAUUCUUACCACCACGUGACAAUACAAUAGGUAUUAGGCAUUUCUGGGGUGAACAUAUUCUCUCGUUGAAGAAAAAUUGUUAAAAGAUUGCACGUUAGUGAAUAUAUUGAUGACGAACCCUUUACGCCAGCAGAUAAGUAGAACAUGAAAAGUCAUUGCAGUUUUACGAGCUCUACGCAUACACAGUGCGUCACGAAAAAUAUCGCCAGCAACGUUGUUCCUACUGUACACCGGUGGUUCGGUAUUGCGUGAACGCUCUUUUACAGACGAGGUAAA